AUGAGCCAGGAGAAAUUCUACGGAGGUCAAUAUGGAGAUAUGGGCAUGGAAAUGGAUGAUAUGCAUUCCCAGUAUUCCUCGGUCAAGCCUGCAUCCACAAUCUUAACCGGAUUCCCAGGAGCAGGCCGGAAUAGUAGCCCUUACAUGCCGCCGCAGUCGCCCGCCCCGUUCGGCGGCAAUAUCCCAGGCAACAGGCAUUCGCACAUGUCCAGCUUUAGUCGGUAUACCGAUAUGCCGCUUCAGCCAGGGCACCAGUCUCGAAACCUGUCGGUGGGAAAUCUCAGCCAGUUCCAGGCUCCGUCAAGUCGGCAUAGCGUUGGACUCAUGCAGAGCACUGACAAUCUCCUGGGGAUUCCCCGGCCAAACUCUCGGAGCCCAGUAGGUGGUUACACCUCCCGGCCUCAAAGUGCAUUUGACUUCCGCGGAAGUGGCGGGCCUGAUGAGAUGGCCAUUACGGAUGCUAUUCGUAGCUGUCUGGCCGAAGUAGACCUGGACACGGUAACGAAGAAGCAAGUUCGUGUAUUGGUCGAGCAGCGCCUUCAAGCGACAUUGACCGGAGACAAGCGAGCAUUCCUCGAUCGCCAGAUUGACCAAGAACUGGCAAAUAUGUAA